UAUUCAGCCGAACACAUUUUAGGUUUCUGUUGCCUGUGUAGGUGCACUACAUCAGACAAUAACAUCUCACUUAGUGCACUUUAAGAAGCAAUUUAGAAGCCCGACUGAAGCUGAGAUGUCUGGUUUAGGAGUAGAGUUUGAAAAGAUAGCAGUUCAGGGCGAAACUAGCGGCAGUAGCGUUAAAAAGCGUGUAGGGGUCAUUGCCACUUGUGCACUCGGAGGCUCUUUGGUCGCUUUGUACGCAAUAUCCGGACCUUUUAUUGCUCCGGCGCUGAGGAAAAUCUGUCUCCCGUUCGUUCCGGCUACAAACACUCAGGUCAACAACGUUCUCAGGGUUUUACAGUCAAGAUCUGGGACCCUUGUAGACAUUGGAAGUGGCGACGGUCGGAUAGUUAUAGCUGCAGCGAGAGAGGGUUUCAGGUCUGUCGGCUUUGAGCUGAACCCGUGGUUGGUAUGGUACUCCCGCUAUAAAGCAUGGAGACAAGGGGUUCAUCGCCACACCUCCUUUUAUAUCUCUGACCUGUGGAAGGUCAGCUUUUCACAGUACUCUAAUGUUGUCAUAUUUGGAGUUCCACAGAUGAUGGAGCAGCUGGAAACCAAGCUUCAGAGGGAGCUUCAGUCCUCAGCCAGAGUGGUGGCCUGCCGUUUUCCCUUCCCCACGUGGACUCCCGAUCACGUGACUGGAGAGGGGAUUGACACUGUGUGGGUAUACGAUGCCAAGACUUUCAAAUCUCCCACAACAACAACAACAAUGCUGCUGAACAACAGUGAAGACAAAAAUUGUCGAUGAUGUAAUCCAGCCAUGUCCAAUCUUAUCCACAAAGCGCCGGUGUGGGUGCAGGUUUUCGUUCCAACCAAGCAGAAGCCACACCUGAUUCCACCUGUUUAAUCAGUUGUUCUUGGCUUUUAGUAGACUUUGUUGUGGCUUCUGCUUGGUUGGAAUGAAAACCUGCACCCAUACUGACCCUUUCCGGAUAAGAUUGGACACCGCUGAUGUAAUCAGAUUAAAGUUAAAGGAAAAAAAAUGUUUUUACGUUAACUGCUUAUAUGUCUUGUUUAUUCUGGUUUAAAUUACAAACAUCGUACAGUAAAAAAAGUGCAACAAAA